AUGGCUGCUGCUGGUCUUACCACAAAGGCAACUCAUGCUGAAUCUGUGUGGAACAUGCAUCAGGCUUGGUAUGCACAUACCAAUCCAAAAGCAUCUGCAGAGGAAACCAAAGACUACUAUAGGUGUCACACCAAGCACUAUGAGGACCAUAAAGAUGAGGACAAACAUCCUCAACUGUGGGCUGAGAUCCAGAAGUAUUGGAGGGCACAAACUUGGUGCAAUGUGGAGGGCAUACAUGUCUUUGGAUAUGUAAUUUAUAGUGGGAGUAAUGAAGCUGCAUGCCAAUCCCAAGGAAUUUUUGCUGGAUGCUCCCUCCUCAUGCAGCUUGUGAGUGAGAGGCAGACCAACAUAACACAAUUAUUAGAAUACCUGUCCACAAUUAUCAAGUAUAAAAUCCUUAACUCUGCUGCUUCAGUGCCUCUUCCUGACUUUAAUGUGCUGUCACAACCCCAUUAUGACCAUGCACUGGGAUUAAAACCUCAAGAAUACAGGUGUGAUUGCAACCAUGUUGCCACAGAAGAGAAUGGUAUCACACAAGGCCAGAGAAAUGUUUCUUGGAAGUUGUUGCUUGAUCUGCUGUAUGUUCACCAGUAUACCAUCACUGAUUGGCCUGCUGGAGUCCCUGCUGUUGGUCUGGAUUUCAAUGUCAAAUGCCUCAAUGCUGAUGAACUUCAUGCUCUGACUGUUCCUUUCCUGAAAGAGUCAAUGGGUGCAGAUUACCAUGCUGAGGCUCCACUAGAUGACAAAGAAGACCAAGCUGAAUACCUUGUCCCUUUUCCAGAUUCAUCAUUUUACCUCAAGAAGUGGACUGAUGUGAUGCAAGGAUGUGUGACAUCCUACUUGUGGUGA